GGCGACCUCGUGUAGUUCCCCAAGUAUUGCCAGCAGGAGGCACUGUAAUACAAUGCAUCAAACUGAACUGUAGGUUGCCGGCCUGUGGAUGCAUCUUGUUAGCUGAGGUCAAGUUUACCUGCCUCUCUGUAAACACACUGGUGCUCUCGGUGGAGAUUUAUUCAACGUGUGGAUUUUUCAAGCUGUUGGGCAGAGGUCGACUGAGCAGUAAUCCCUCAAGAUGGAUUCCAAGAAAAAGAACUUCUUGGAGAACCUGCGUCUGAAAACUAAGUUGGUCAAACUGAAGAAGGUAGGGAAAAAUCCCUUUGCCAAGAAGGCAAGAAAUCUGGCCCAUCGGCGCAGUAUUUCUGUACCAGACCUAAGGUUUGUACCAGGUGAAGCAUUGCCUAAUGCCCCUCCCUUCUUCUUUGGCCACUCCCCUGGUCAGAGUGAUACUGAUUCUGUUGCAAGUGGCUCCAUCGCUGAUGGACCGCUUCUCACAGACAAACUGAACAAUUCAGUCCCAGAAAAUAAACUGAAUGUUCCCACAGAUCGCAGCGCCUGUGCUUUGAGAAGAAUAAGUGCACCAGUGGAGACACAGACCCUUUAUGAUGAAAUUGAUGAUAUACUAAAUUCACGCUCACAGAACAAGGUGAACUUGAUUCCAGAAGGCUUGUAUGCACAAGUAGAUAAAAGAGCCACGGGGAAUGCACCUAAAUUUACUUUUGAACCUAUUCCUCCACCGACAUCUGUUUUUAACCCAGCACUUUCACCAAGACCAGACUUUGUAGAGAGCGAGAGUAUCUCUGGUGAAGAUGCCCCAGUAGACACCGUGCCUACAAGUGCGGUUGCUGCAGUAUUGGCCCGAGCAACCGUAGUGGGAGACCAAAUGAACCUUUACAAAGGACGGAGGACUCCAUCAUUUGAGUAUAGAAAGCCACCAUCUGAAAAAGGAACUCCGCCAGCAACCAGAGCAAAUGCUCCUGCAGAUACGAUGUCUCUGAUGUUAGAUAAUCUGGUGAUUCCUUUGGAGUGGGCUGAUGGCAUCUCUCAGGACUCCAAUGAAGAGCCGGCCAAUAUUUCCUGGACGGCAGAUUCCGAGGAACUGGACCAAGAACUUUGCUCUCCCUUUUUUAUGAGAGACUUCAACAUGGAAGAGGCUCUGCUAGAAGAAGAAGAACAGCCCGAGGAGGGCCUCGAAGAAUUAGCAGAGAUGUCCAGUGAAGCAUGUGAUUUCUUUGACGAAAAUGUGCAAGAUCUUCUGGAAAACUCUGUUUUAACUACAGGGCCUGGCCCCCAAGGACCUGACCCGUCCCAGCGAUACCUCCUGAGCAUCAACCUAAAGCAGGGAGCGAACCUGGUCGUCCGACACAAGCGCUCCGGGACCAGUGAUCCUUAUGUGAAGUUCAAACUUGAAGGAAAACAGUUCUAUAAAAGCAAAGUGGUUUACAAAAACCUAAAUCCAGAGUGGAAUGAGUUCUUCUUCCAUCCUCUUCGAGACAAAAUGCAUGCCGUGGAAGUUCGGGUCUACGAUAAAAAUCGAACCGUCGAUGAGUUCAUGGGUUCCAGCACUAUAUCCCUGCACAAACUUGAAUUGUACAAAACCUACAAAAUGGAGUUGCAACUCCAUGAUCCAAAAAAUAAAGAAGAUGACAUGGGAGUUAUUUUUGCUGACGUCUGCUUAAUGUUUAGAGAUGCCACGGUCAAAAGAAGCCCUAGGUGGCCACAGAAGAAGAUAAAGCAGAACCAGUCCGCACACCCAUCCCUGCGGCCAGCUGAGAUGCAGAGGAAUCAGCUUCAGAGCCAGAGGUGGACUGGGGUGCUUGGUAUCACCUUGGUGGAGGGACAGAACCUGCCGCAGUAUGGCGAUGGGGACAUUUACGUCCGCUUUCGCCUUGGCGAUCAGAAGUACAAGAGCAAGAACCUUUGCAUUCAGGCCAAUCCCCAGUGGAGAGAGCAGUUUGACUUCAAUCAGUUUGAAGAUAACCAGGAACCUCUGCAGGUGGAGGUGUUCUCAAAGAGAGGGAGGAAGGGUGAAGAAUCAUGGGGGAUGUUUGAGAUUGCCCUAUCGAGACUUCCACUUAAUGAGAGGCAGCUCUACACCACUGCGCUGGACCCAGGAAAGGGCAUGCUGGUGUUUCUGGUCACCCUGAGACCCUGCUGGGGAGUCUCCAUCUCUGACAUUGAAACAGCUGCCUUGGAAAAGCCUGAGAGAGAAACCGUGCUGGAGAAAUUAAGCUUGAAGAACACACACAAGUGUCUGGGAGAGGUUGGCUUCCUUCAGGUCAAAGUUGUAAAGGCAAAUGAUCUUCACGCCACAGACCUCAACGGAAAGAGCAACCCCUUUUGUGUUGUUGAGCUCAGUAACGGCAAACUGCAAACUCAAACAAUCAACAAGACCCUUAAUCCAGAGUGGAACAAAACCUUUACAUUGCCAAUAAAGGACAUUCAUGAUGUGCUAGAGUUGACUCUCCUUGAUGAAAAUGGAGACAAAGCCCCAAACUUUUUAGGGAAAGUAGACAUAUCAUUACUGACUGUUGAGAAUGGGCAGCAGAUAUGUCUGUUCUUGAAGAAGGAAGACUUGGGAAGUACAUCGAAAGGAACCAUCACACUGGAGCUUGAGGUUAUCUAUAACAAAGUCAGAGCUGGUAUCAGAACCUUCAAACCAAAGGAGGCAAAAUUAAUGGAAGAAAACCAGAAAUUCUCCAAAAAGGUUCUUGCCCGGAAUAUAUAUCGGGUUCGAAAAAUCAGCACAGCAGUUCUGUACACGUUACAGUACAUUAAAAGCUGUUUUCAAUGGGAGAGCACGCAACGGAGUCUAAUAGCCUUCCUGAUCUUCCUUGUGACGGUGUGGCACUGGGAGCUCUUCAUGCUGCCCCUCUUCCUGCUUCUGCUUAUUGGCUGGCACUACAUCCAGCUCACUGCAGGGAAGGCCAGCUCCAAUCAGGAUCUGGUGAACAUGAGCAUGGGUGACGACGAAGAGGAAGACGAGAAGGAGUCCGGGAAAAAAGGAUUGAUGGAUAAGAUACAUAUGGUGCAGGAAGUAGUGCUGGUUGUCCAGAACGUUUUGGAGGAAAUCGCAAACAUUGGAGAGCGAAUCAAGAACAUAGUCAACUGGUCUGUUCCAUUCUUGUCGUGCAUGGCCUGCUUGAUGCUGUUUGUGGCAACAGCGCUGUUAUAUCAUGUCCCACUGCGAUAUAUUGUGCUGAUAUGGGGCAUUAACAAAUUUACCAAGAAGCUGCGCAACACAUAUGCUAUUGACAAUAAUGAAAUACUGGAUUUCCUCAAGAGGGUGCCUUCUGAUGUUCAAAAGGUGCAGCGCAGCGUUCUGAGAGCGCCCACCAGCCAGAACCAGCCGCGGAAGAAAAGGUAGGUAGCUUCGGGGACACGCUGGAUGAAAGGCUGGUCUUCUUUUUGAAUACGGUACGAUGCGGUCCACCUGACAACAAUGCUCCAGAGCCAGCAGAGCCCGUGACCCUGUGCACCCCACCACACCACCCUAACUCUGCCCCCUGCUGCUGAGGAGCAGCCAGCCGCUCUCUAGCUUGUGUGUUUGCCACCCUCCUGACAGAGGCUGUGAACUGCAGCAGCUAGGAGGCCAGCACAUGGCGCUGUCAAUCACAAGCCUGGAGGUAAAGAAAAGAGAGCGCUGCCAGGCUCAGCCUUCAUCUUUGGACAUCAUUUAGAAAAGGAAUGAAAAGCGUCGGGUUCGGCUUACCUUAGACCUCCACUGUUUAUUUGGACUUUGGUAAAAAAAUGAAGAAAUUUGCCUUCAGGUUGAGUUAAUAUAAGCAGUUUAUGGAAAACAAACCAUCAUAUAUAUCGCAAUUGAUUUAUAAAUAAUAAUCAAAAUAAUUUGUGUUUUUGCACAUGAAAAAUAUUAGUACUGAAUGUUACUGUUCUUUUUGUGGUUACUGUACAUAAUAUGCUGCUCUCAGCUUUCUUAAUGUUAUCCUUGCAACAAAUAUAUAUUUGUGUACUGUAUUUGUCAUAAUUCCAGCUGAAUUUAUAUGUAUAUAUUUUUAUUUAGUAUAUGACUGCGUCAUCAAAUGGGGAAUUUGCAGAAAUCCUGAAUAAAGAGUCU